AUGGGACCGCUCCAGGGGACGUGUCCAGUUGGGAGCAGCUCCCGACGUCCCUCUGGGGCCGCCUGGCUGGGGCUGAAGGACGAGGAUUUCCUGGGAUUAGGGGACGAAGAUUUCUUAGGACUGGGACAGAAGGACAAGGAUCCCCCGGGACUGGGACAGAAGGACAAGGAUCCCCCGGGAUUGGGACAGAAGGACAAGGAUCCCCCGGGACUGGGACAGAAGGACAAGGAUUUCCUUGGAUUGGGAACGAAGGACAAGGAUUUCCUUGGAUUGGGAUCGAAGGACAAGGAUUUCCUUGGAUUAGGAUCAAAGGACAAGGAUUUCCUGGGACAGAAGGAUGAGGAUUUCCCAGGAUUGGGAUUGAAGGAAAAGGAUUUCCCAAGAUUGGGAUCAAAGAAUGAGGAUCCCCCAGGAUUGGGAUCAAAGGAUGAGGAUUUCCCAGGACUGGGAUUGAAGGACAAGGAUUUCCCGGGAUCGAAGGCUGAGGAUCCCCCGGGCCCCGGAGCCCCCAGAUCCCCGCGGCGGGAGCGGCGCUGCCCCGGCGCUGCCCCGGCCCCGGAGCGAUCCCGGGCGGAGCCUCCGGAGCGGAAUUCCCACCCGCGGAGGGUCCCGGAGCCCCCCGAGCCCGGCAGGCUGGAGCCCCCCCUCGGGACGCGGCCCCGCGCGCAGGUGGCGGCAGCCGUGCAGGAGGUGCCGGGUCCUGCCGUGCCCGCUCAGGAGGAUCCGGUGGGGGAUCCAGCCCCGCCCCGCACGGAGAAUCCCCGAGCUCUCCCCUCCUGGCUCUGCCCGGAGCAUCCCGCAGCUUUCCCGGCCUGGAGACACCAGGAGGAUCCUGGAGCUCUGCCAUCCCAUCAGCGCCAGGAGGAUCCUGGAGCUCUGCCAUCCCAUCAGCGCCAGGAGGGUCCUGGAGCUCUGCCAUCCCAGCAGUGCCAGGAGGAUCUGGGAGCUCUGCCAUCCCAGCCCCACCAGGAGGAUCCUGGAGCUCUGCCAUUCCAGCAGCGCCAGGAGGGUCCUGGAGCUCUGCCAUUCCAGCAGCGCCAGGAGGAUCUGGGAGCUCUCCAAUCCCGGUCCCAGCAGGGUUCCCAAACUCUCCAAGCCCACCCGUGCCAGGAGCAUCCCGGCUGUGGGAUCGCCCUGCGCAGCCUCCAGGCCCGGCUGGAGGAGCUGGAGAACCAGGUGCGGACGCUGGAGCUGGAGCGGGCACAGCGGGGACCAGUCCUGCAGGAUGUCCCGGAGAGCUGCCACCGACCCCAGGACCACCCCAGACCCCAGGACCAUCCCAGACCCCAGGAUCACCCCGGAUCCCUGGAUCACCCCCGAUCCCAGGAGCAGGACGAGCAGCUCACAGCGCUCCAGGCCAGGCUGUGCCAGCAGCAGCGGGACGCGGAGCGGGAGCAGAGCCGGCUCCAGGAGGCCGUGGCUGACUUGGAGACCAGGCUGGGGGAGCGGGAGCAGCUCCUGGAGCAGGAGCGCCGUCGCGCCGCUGCCGAGCGCUGCCGGGCGGAUUCUCUGCGGGAGGCGCUGGAGGAGCAGCGGCGGCUCUCGGCACAGCUGCUGGCCAUGGAGAGGGCGGCCCUGGACGAGGCCAAGGGCGCGUGGCUGGAGGAGCAGCGCGCGGAGCUGCGGGAGCGCUCCGAGGAGCGGCGGCGGCUGGCGGCCGCCUGGGCUGAGUUCCACUCGCGGGAGCGGCUGAGCCGGGAGCGGGAGGAGCAGGACAAGGAGCGCGCCCUGGGCAUGGACUCGGCGCUGAGGAGCCUGGCCAAGGAUCAGGCAGAGCUGAAGUUCCGCAGCCGGGAGCUGAGAUCCAAGGAGGAGCAGCUGGCCAGGGACAGGGAGGAGCUGGACGAGGCCUGGCGGGAGCUGAGGCUGGAGAAGGAGAAGGUUCUGCGGGCUGAGCAGCGCCUGCAGGAGCGGGAGGAGGAGAUCCGUGACCUGGCCGAGCGCUCGUUGCGGCAGCAGCAGGACGGGCAGCGGGCGCUGCGGGAGGCGCGCCGGGCGCAGCAGGAGCAGCAGCGGCGGCUGCAGGAGCUGCAGGAGCAGCGGGAGCAGCUGCGGCAGCAGGAGCAGCGCCUGACACAGGGCCGCCGGAGCCUGGAGCGGCAGCGGGAGCAGCUCCGGGAGCUGCGGGAGGAGCUGGGCCCCAGCUUGGGGACAGCGCUGGGGACACUGCCAGGGAUGGAGACACCGCUGGCGGCUCCGGUGGCUCCGGUGGCUCCGGUGGCUCCGGGGCUCCUGCCGGCCCUGGGGACGCUCCUGGGGGACGGCGGGGACAGCGCGGCCGCGCUCUACGGACACAUCCUGCUGCUGAAACACCGCGCCAGGAUGGACCAGGAUUUCCUGGAGGGCGAGCGGCGCUUCCUGCAGAGCCUGAGGAAACGGCCCUGAACCGGCUGCAGGGAGAGGAGCUUUGUACACAAAUAACAAUGAAAAUAAAUAUGAAAAU